GUUGUGUCUGUUGCAGCAUCCCUGUAAAUUGCAUUGGAGAUCAGAUGACGAGUAGGCUCAGGUCCAACAGAUUUCUGUUGCCCUAUCGGUGUUUGCUGCUGACUAGUAACACAGACGGUGAGGAGAGGCUGAAUCACUGGAGGCAUGUGCUGUAGUUAGACAUGGGUGCAAAACUGCUGCUGGGCUUUGUGCUGGUCUCUGCGCUGACAGCAUAUUACAUCUAUAUACCUCUGCCAGACAACGUGGAAGAGAAAUGGAAAGUGAUGAUGAUGGAUGCGAGCUUCAGAAGUCUGGGGCAUGUGGGUUCUUUGGCUGAGAUGCUUGGGUUAAAGAACUAUAUGGACGUCUUGAUGUAUUUAACAAACAUGGAACAUACAGAACCCACAUCAGAUGAAAAUGUCUUGGUCACAGACACAUUGUUUAGUAACAUUCCUGUGCGGUUAUAUGUGCCUAAGAGACAAUCAAACACACUAAGGAGAGCAGUUAUCUACUUUCAUGGUGGUGGAUGGUGUGUAGGAAGUGCAGCCAUGAAGCCGUAUGAUCUGCAAUCAAAACAGACUGCGCACGAGCUAAAUGCAGUGGUUGUGUCAGUGAAUUACCGGUUAGCUCCUAAGUUCCACUUUCCAGCCCAGUUUGAUGAUGUGUACACUGUAGCAAAAUUUUUUAUGCAAGAAAAUAUUCUUGAAAAAUACUCAGUGGAUGGAAACCGAAUAGCUGUAUCUGGAGACAGCGCCGGAGGAAACUUAGCUGCUGCCAUAUCACAACAGCUGCUGCAUGACCCAGAUGUCAAAGUGAAACCUAAGAUUCAAGUGUUAAUCUAUCCAGUUCUACAGAGCCUUGAUCUCAAUACUCCGUCUUACCGAGAAAAUGGCCACAUGCCUAUUCUUUCCAGGACCCUGAUGGUGCGUUUUUGGGCUGAAUACUUUGCCACAGAUCGGACAUUACUUGAAGCCAUGCAGUCUAACAGACACAUAUCAUACCAAGAAGCUCCAUAUCUAAAGUUUGUAAACUGGAGCACUUUAUUGCCUGAAAACCUGAAAAAGAAUCAUGUUUACCAUAUGCCUCAAAGCCAAAAUUCCAUCUUUGUUAAAAAAUACCCAGGACUUUUGGAUACAAGGGCAUCUCCUUUGCUUUUAGAGGAUGAAAAGCUGAAAGGCCUUCCGCUGACAUAUGUAAUUACAUGUAUGUAUGACGUCUUAAGAGAUGAUGGCUUUAUGUAUGUGUCAAGACUCAGAAAAGCUGGGGUACAUGUACUGCAUGCCCACUAUGACAAUACUUUCCAUGGCAUUCUCAUAGCAAACACUUGGCCAUUUGAUUUAGCGUUAGCUCAUCGUAUUUUUGACAAUUACUUAAACUGGCUUGAUACCAAUCUGUGAGUGUAAUAUGUUCACAAUUAACUGUAACGUUAAUAAACUUUAUCCCUUUAUGUAUACAUUAUGCUAAAACUUCAGAGCCGCAACUAUAGCAACUGUCCCCGUAUGUACAAUUAUGUAUACGACUUAUGAACUAAUCACCUGCUAAUCAUUGCUACAGUGUCCCUCUAACACGCGUUGAUAAUUUGCAUCUCUAAGCCUACACUUUACUGACCGUACACAUGAACACCUGUGAGACCUCUCUCCAAGCACAUAUUGUAAGUCAUAUUUUUACUGGGUGCACAUGGGCUUAAGUCCAGCUCUAUAUCACACCCCUAGGCUUCAGAUUUGAAACAGUGUCUAUUUUGGUCACAUAGAUCUUUAUUGUUUAUGUCUUAUCAUUGAUUGUCCCAUCACAGACUACUAAAGGAAACCAUAGCUAUACACUGUUUUAAUGUCCUGAUGCUUUGUAAUACAAGAGAACCAUAUAUAGCUCAAAUUGUACUUGAUUGUUCCCUGAUGUGAUCAGAAAAUUGGCCAUGUAUGGGCUUAUCCUAUAGCUGUGCUUCUCCGAGUAACAGGUGAGUCACCAAAUUUCCAACUGUGCUCAGUCCUAUCCUCCUUUUUACAUUGAACUUGUCAGUACAUUGUCUGGUGACUGCACACAAAGGCAUAUAACAGCUGUAGUAAUGUAUAGAGGGCUGACGCCAGCCCUGGAACUACACUAGGUAGCACUGUAUUUGGAAGCAGGAGGAAGAGGCAAGAAAGCAGGAGGUGGAGGCUGCAUCCUUUCUUACUGAGACAGUAAGUUUGACUCUUAGCUGUGGAAUGAUAGCCAAGCACUACACUUCCAGUGAAACACUGAUAUGGAGGAACAACAGCCAGCAGAUUCUCAUGUAAGACGCUGCUCCCUGCUUCUUCUUCAUGUCAGUGGCCAAUUCUCUAAUGUGAGGUUCUGAUGGGGUAUUAAAAACACUGGAUAAUUGAAUGUUUUACACGCUCUGUAACCGCUUUUAAGCUAGGUUCACCUUACAAUAGUGCUAUCCCUUAUCUGCCAAACACUUUUAUAGAUUUAUGGGCAUGGGAAAUGUAAGCCCGUCCAUUCACAUAGUUACAGUACCAAUACUUGGAGAUAUACUGUAGCUCUUGUAAUGUAAUAUCCACUGUAUGUCAUUGCAAUAAGUUUUUUUUACUUUUCUCAAGCUAUAGUGCCAGAAGUUUUUGCAAACCCUGUCACUCCAUGGGUUAAACUGGUUCUUGUUUUUUUUUCUUUUAUAUAUUUUUGUUUAAAAAAAAAUGUGUUUUUAAAAUAAAUAAAAGUAAUUUUUUUUUAUUAAUUUUAAUGACAGCGUGACCUAUCAAUUUAAACCAGGCAUUUCCAACUUCUGUUCCCCAAAGGCAAACAAACAGUGUAGGCUUUAGUGAUAACCAGGCUUCAGCACAGGUGGGUGCACACAUCACCGUUGUUACAGCCCGUACACACAGCACGUUUUAAACAAUGUGUCAUUCCGAUCAGUUGGAAAAGCACACAUCGUUUAAAAUAUUGUGUCGUGUGUGGGCACCUUUAGUGUGCUUUGAGGACCGAGGUUGGGAAUGCCAGAAAGGGAGAUUUAUGAAAACUAUUUAGCAAGUAACUAUUAUAAAGGAGGCUUUGUCUACGGCACCUAAUCACAUGUUUACAUCCACUUUUUACAUAUUGAGAAAAUGACAGACUCUGGUUACUAUAAGCAACAGCACCAGUUUCUAGUUACCAGUGAAAAGUUUUCAUAAAAGUCCCUCAUGUCCCCUUUUCCUAGUGUAUGCUGAAUAUUGGUCUAUAAACUGGCUGCCUCAAUACAUUUAAUGUUUGAUUCUGAUGCUAAGCAGUUACCUUAAUGAAGACAUGCCCUUAAAGACAAACGCCCUUACAAACGUUUGAUCACUUGAUUUUAUUUUUAAGUUUGAUAGAAGAUAUGCGUGUGAAUUACGUUUUACUCUGUCAGCACAAUCUGACAACACUGACAAUAAAAUAUCAACUACAGUA